GUUCCGCUGGGCCGCCCGCUGCCUGCCCGCCCCGCCGCCAUGCCGAUCAACAAGCCUGAGAAGCUGGACAAGCCAGAGAGCUGUGAUAAUGUCAAGGUGGUGGUUCGGUGCCGGCCUCUCAACGAGCGAGAGAAAACGAUGGGCUACAAAAUGGCAGUGCACGUGGAUGAAAUGAGAGGAACUAUAACUGUUCAUAAAACAGACUCGUCCAACGAGCCUCCGAAGACGUUCACGUUUGACACAGUGUUUGGACCAGAGAGCAAACAGCUGGAUGUCUAUAAUUUAACAGCAAGACCUAUUAUUGACUCUGUCCUUGAAGGAUACAAUGGUACUAUUUUUGCAUAUGGGCAGACUGGAACAGGCAAAACUUUCACCAUGGAAGGGGUCCGAGCCAUUCCUGAGCUUAGAGGCAUCAUCCCCAAUUCCUUUGCCCAUAUAUUUGGUCACAUUGCCAAGGCAGAGGGGGAUACAAGGUUUUUAGUUCGUGUGUCUUACCUGGAAAUUUACAAUGAGGAAGUGCGGGACCUGCUAGGAAAAGACCAGACCCAGAGAUUAGAGGUUAAAGAGAGACCUGAUGUGGGAGUUUAUAUCAAAGACCUUUCAGCUUAUGUCGUAAACAAUGCAGAUGAUAUGGACAGAAUCAUGACUCUGGGCCACAAGAACCGUUCUGUGGGUGCCACGAACAUGAACGAGCACAGCUCCCGCUCACACGCCAUCUUCACCAUCACCAUCGAGUGCAGUGAGAAGGGGGUGGAUGGGAACAUGCACGUGCGCAUGGGCAAGCUGCACCUCGUGGACCUUGCUGGCUCUGAAAGACAGGCAAAGACUGGAGCCACAGGGCAGCGGCUGAAGGAAGCUACCAAGAUCAACCUGUCUCUUUCCACCCUGGGGAACGUGAUCUCUGCCCUGGUGGAUGGCAAGAGCACCCACGUGCCCUACCGCAACUCCAAGCUCACUCGGCUCCUCCAGGAUUCCCUGGGGGGCAACUCCAAGACCAUGAUGUGUGCUAACAUCGGUCCCGCCGACUACAACUACGACGAGACCAUCAGCACGCUGCGCUACGCCAACCGCGCCAAGAACAUCAAGAACAAGGCCCGGAUCAACGAGGACCCCAAGGACGCGCUGCUCCGCCAGUUCCAGAAGGAGAUCGAGGAGCUGAAGAAGAAGCUGGAGGAAGGAGAAGAGAUCUCUGGUUCUGAGAGCAGUGAUUCUGAAGAGGAGGAUGAAGAUGACGACGGGGAGGUUGGAGAAGAUGGGGAGAAGCGGCGGAAGCGGCGGGGCAGUAGCAGCAGCAGUAGUUCAGACUCCACAUGCUCUGUCAUAGAGAAACCUCUGGAUAAGUCCUUCACUAAUCAAGCAGGCAAGAAGAAAGUUUCCCCUGAUAAGAUGAUAGAGAUGCAAGCAAAGAUUGAAGAGGAGAGAAAAGCUCUUGAAACUAAGCUUGAUAUGGAAGAAGAAGAAAGAAAUAAAGCCAGAGCUGAACUGGAGAAGAGAGAAAAAGACUUGCUUAAAGCUCAACAAGAGCACCAGUCCCUCUUGGAGAAACUGUCUGCGCUGGAGAAGAAGGUGAUUGUCGGAGGAGUGGAUCUGCUGGCAAAAGCAGAGGAGCAAGAGAAGCUUCUAGAAGAAUCAAACAUGGAACUGGAAGAACGGAGGAAGAGAGCAGAGCAGCUUCGCAAGGAGCUGGAGGAGAAGGAGCAAGAACGCUUGGACAUCGAGGAGAAGUACACCAGCCUCCAGGAGGAAGCACAGGGGAAAACCAAAAAGCUGAAGAAAGUUUGGACCAUGCUUAUGGCUGCAAAAUCAGAGAUGGCAGAUCUGCAGCAGGAGCAUCAGAGGGAGAUUGAAGGAUUGCUGGAGAAUAUUCGACAGCUGAGCAGGGAGCUCCGUCUCCAGAUGCUCAUCAUAGACAACUUCAUUCCUCAGGACUACCAGGAAAUGAUUGAAAACUAUGUCCACUGGAAUGAAGACAUAGGAGAAUGGCAGCUGAAAUGUGUUGCAUACACGGGAAACAACAUGAGGAAGCAGACACCUGUCUUGGAUAAAAAGGAAAAAGAUCCCUUUGAAGUGGACCUUUCCCAUGUUUACUUGGCUUACACUGAAGAAAGCUUGAGGCAAUCUCUGAUGAAGCUGGAGAGGCCAAGAACUUCAAAAGGAAGAUCCAGGCCCAAGACGGGUAGAAGAAAACGUUCAGCAAAGCCAGGAGCCGUCAUUGACUCUCUGCUGCAGUAGGUGUGACCUGUGCAGAAUUGCCCUAAAAAUCAGUGAGUCUGUAAGAUUUGGCCAGAAUCUGGAAUUCAAGAGAUGACACAGUUUGAUAUGGCUAUAAAAUCCAUGCCGUGCUGGUAUGGAGUUUUAUUUUACAACAAUGUAUUUUUCCUUAGUUGCCUGUAUUUUGUAUGUUAUAUUAACAUAAUAUUAAACUGGUAUAUAUGAUGGUUGUGAAAUUCCAUGUGUUAAACAUGUUGUGCAGGGAAGUUGUUGCUGGCAAUCCGUGUUGAAAUGUAUAGAAAACAAGGGUUCUGUGUGUGUUUUAAGUGCUAGGCAUGUUAGGUCAAAAUGAUUGAAAUCCUAAAGUUGAAGGCUGGUCAGUCUGGUUUCUGCCCUGCCCUGCACACAGCUGGCAGCUCUCACUGCUCUCCCCUGCUGCACUGCUGGCUGUGAGUGUGCUCACUGCAAACCUGGAAGAGCAUCAGACCCUUUUAUUUGAAUAUUCCUCACUCUGGCUGUUUAACCUGUCGUGUACCAAAUACACAGUCCUCUUCCCUCCAUUUGCUGUCUUGCUGUACAGAGAAAGCAGCUGGGUUGGGGAAAUGUGAGCUGCAAAAGUCUGAGGCUGCUGGGAAGGGACCGUGCUGGGUUGAGGUGCAUCAGGCCUCAGUGUGCCCAUGUAGUGCUGCUAGUUUUGUUUGCUUGGGACCUGCUGGCACUGUGGAGAGGGAGGCUUUUGAUGCAAAGGCAAAAGUUUGUUUUUCCCCCUCCUUUUAAGGCUGUGCUGCAGCAUUGCUUUGGCUGCUUUUUGUGCUUUUGAGCUGGAAUUUUUAAAAUGUAGGAAUUGUUUUGUAAUCUGAAUAGCAGAGAUUAUUGAAAGGAGUGCCAGAACACUAAGACUUGGCUUCAGCCUUGGGUCUGGGAGCAUUAUGACCCUGUUUUCCCAUCCCUGGCUGCAAGGGCACUGGAGCAGUGCUCUAAACUGAGGGUAAAUUUGAUUCUCCUAUAUUAAAACAGGCAUAAAUUGCCCAGUUUUCCCAGAACAGUAACAUCCUCUGCAAUGGCUGAUGCUGUUGGUGUUGCUGGAUCAUCUUGGGUUUCUGGCUGUGCUCCAGGAGGAAAAAAAUUCUGGUCUCUGAUGAUAACCAUUGAUUUAUGGUGGCUACUCUUUUUCUUUGAUAUUUAUGCUGCUAAUAGACACACAUCACUUUAACACGUUGCUUUUGUGUCACAAAAUGCAUCUCCUUUGCACUCUGUGUGCUUUGUAAUCCAUGCUGGAGCACCUCAGCUCCUGUGCCAGGGGCUGGGAGCAGCUGCCACUUGAUGUGACUUUCCUGCUACUGAGAGGUUUAAAAAGCUGUGGUUAGUAGCAGGAGAGGUGGAGUCUUUAAGUGUGACAGAAGAAGUAAGACAGCUCUUUAGGUGUCCUGAGUUCUUGCUGGUCGCCACGUUUGCAGUUCCCAGAGUGUUCUUGUGAAGCACUUAGAGUAAGUAGUUAAAGGUCUUGAUGUCAUGAUGCUUAACUGGAUGUACCUUGUGACUCUGUAGCAGGUCUGGAGUAGGAUCUGUGCUGGUUAAAACUGGGCUUGUGAGGGCAUCUUUUCCUUGUGAGAUGCAUUCAGUGCUGUUCUUAGUGAGCUGGAAGCUUUUCCCUGUUUUCACAUGUGUUUUUCAAUAUCGUGACCUAGAAGAACAUCCUGCCCUCUGUUUUUGGGGGAGGAGUGUCACUUAAGUUUAUACAAGACACAGAUACAAACACUGGCAUUUGUUUCCUUUAGCCUAGCAGUUGGAGAGGUAAAUACUCAAAAUGUUUGUCCAAUCUAAGCUGUGGUUGGUUUUGCUCCUGAAGAGCUCACCUGACAUUGAGUGUGCUUGGAUGGAGUUGGAUUAUCUCAUGUUACAUCCAACACAACAGCCUGAAAGUGGCUGAAAUGCUGCUUUGUCCUAAGCUUCAUCUCAGCUCUCAAUCUGAGCAGACAGACUCAUGGUUUUGGCCUGUUCUUGUUCCACAACCAGGGAGAACUGUUUGUAUUUCUCUUUUCUGUUCCUUCUUGCUGUGCCAAGGUUUGUUGAAUGAUCUGUUUUUAAGGGAGUUUCUCCUGAACUGUGCUUUCCAAAAGACAUUGAAAAUUCUUGCACCUGACAGACAUCAGUGGCUUAAAGGUACCACUGUGAAUGCUGACACUGCAGAUUAAAUAUUUAAACCUUAACUAUAAAAGCAUAUGCUUUACUAUUUAACUAAUGUUACAGUCUUGCUGCUGAGAACAAUAGUACACUAUAUAUUUAACUGAGCCUUGGGGCAGAGAGAACAUAAAUAAUAAAUAAUUGCUUGCACAUCUUUGUAAUUGGCAGAUUGGAGGAGCAGGCUGCAGUCUCCUGUUACAGGGGCUUGGAGGACAAAUUAUCUGCUCUUAUGAGAGGACUUAAAGUGGAAUAUUAUCAUUGUCAUGAAGAUCUGUCAGCUUGUCUUACCUUUUAACUGGUGUGUGUUGUUGAAGUUCUGGGAACUUGUAAGCCCAGGGAGUGUGAUGUGCAGGUUUACCUGCCCUGUCUGUGGCCCUGGACAACCUGAGAAUGUCUCGUGGGUCCAUGACAUGUUUCCAUAAGGAAAGGGUUUGGUUUGUGUGGGGUUUUUCUUAAGAGCUUAGUGCAGCCAUUCUCAUCCCAGGUCAGUACAUGCUCUAUAGUAUUUAUCAGAAGUCAUAUAUUGUGUGUGCUCAUCUUUGCAUCCUGAUGCCAGGAGGUUCCCCUCAUUCCAGAAUGAGGCUUUUGACACGUUGUUGUUUAAUGUUGUGUGAAUGGAUUAUUUCAUAUUUAACUUGUUCCUGAUCCUUUCUUUAAGAGGAGGGGAAAAUGGUCCUUAGUGCCUUCACAGGUGACACUGUCUGCACAUGUCCAGCUUUCACCUUUCUCAACAGCCCUGCUUAGCCAGCCCUGUAUAUAGGAGAAACUGCUAGUCCAUCUGUAUCAUUUGUCUUCCUAUUUAUUGGUUUUCUGACUUGUUAUUUCUUAUUAUUCUUUGUUCUGUGAUUUAAACUUUAUUAAUUACACUGUAAAUAUCAGUAUUUUGUCCCUGGAGCAUGUUCAUACCAUGAAAUAAAAUUCUUGACUCCUA